CCCUGACCCCGCGACGCCGAGGAUCCUGCGGGCUCGGCUGAGGGUGGGCACCGCCGUGGGCUCGGGCCGUCGGCGGGUUUCCGCGGAGUGCGGCCGGCUCCGCGCUGCCGCCGCCGCGGCCAAUGGGCAGAGUUGGCCGGGCGGGCCCGCAUUAAACGGAAAAGAUGUCCCUGUACGACGACCUGGGAGUAGAGACCAGUGACUCAAAAACAGAAGGCUGGUCCAAGAACUUCAAACUCCUGCAGUCUCAGCUUCAGGUGAAGAAGGCAGCUCUCACUCAAGCAAAGAGCCAAAGGACAAAACAAAGUACAGUCCUUGCCCCAGUCAUUGACCUAAAGCGAGGUGGCUCCUCAGACGAACGGCAGAUUGUGGACACACCACCACAUGUCGCAGCUGGGCUGAAGGACCCUGUUCCCAGUGGCUUUUCUGCAGGGGAGGUUCUGAUUCCCUUAGCAGACGAGUAUGAUCCUAUGUUCCCUAAUGAUUAUGAGAAAGUAGUGAAGCGCCAGAGAGAGGAACGGCAGAGACAGCGGGAGCUGGAACGACAAAAGGAAAUAGAAGAAAGGGAAAAGAGGCGUAAAGACAGACAUGAAGCUAGUGGGUUUUCAAGGCGACCAGAUCCAGAUUCUGAUGAAGAUGAAGAUUAUGAGAGGGAGAGGAGGAAAAGAAGUAUGGGUGGAGCUGCUAUCGCCCCACCCACCUCUCUCGUGGAGAAAGACAAGGAGCUACCCCGAGAUUUUCCUUAUGAAGAGGACUCAAGACCUCGAUCACAGUCUUCCAAAGCUGCUAUUCCUCCCCCAGUAUACGAGGAACAGGAUAGACCGAGGUCUCCAACCGGGCCUAGCAACUCCUUCCUUGCUAACAUGGGUGGCACAGUGGCACAUAAGAUCAUGCAGAAGUACGGCUUCCGGGAAGGCCAGGGUCUUGGGAAGCAUGAGCAGGGGCUGAGCACUGCAUUGUCAGUGGAGAAGACCAGCAAGCGGGGCGGCAAGAUCAUUGUGGGAGAGUCCAUGGAGAAAGAUGCAUCCAAGAAGUCGGAUUCAAAUCCAUUAACUGAAAUACUUAAGUGUCCUACUAAAGUGGUCCUACUAAGGAACAUGGUUGGUGCAGGAGAGGUAGAUGAAGACUUGGAAGUUGAAACCAAGGAAGAAUGUGAAAAAUAUGGCAAAGUUGGAAAAUGUGUGAUAUUUGAAAUUCCUGGUGCCCCCGAUGAUGAAGCAGUGCGAAUAUUUUUAGAAUUUGAGAGAGUUGAAUCAGCAAUUAAAGCUGUUGUUGAUCUGAAUGGGAGGUAUUUUGGUGGACGGGUGGUAAAAGCAUGUUUCUACAAUUUGGAUAAAUUCAGGGUCUUGGAUUUGGCAGAACAAGUUUGAUUUUAAGAACUAGAGCACAAGUCAUCUCCGAUGAUCCUUAAAUGACCUGCAGACUGAGCAAAGAAGAAAGACAACAGCCUCCAUGGCUGUUGGAUACUGAGACUCUUGGAAGGACUUCUAAGAUAUAUGUUGAUUGAUCCCUUUUUUAUUUUGUGAUUUUUUAAUAUAGUAUAAAAAUCCUUUUAAAAAAACAACAAUCUGUGUGCCUCUCUGGUUGUUUCUCUUUUAUAUUGCCACUCUGAGUUGAUUACAUUUUUUGCUAGGAUUUCAUGGUAAUUUUCAAGUGCUUCAGUGAUGCAGCAUUUCUUGCACUAAAAAAAAUCUAGAAAGUUUUGGGACAUGAGGUUGUAUUAAAUUAUCCUUUUUUUCCCCUUCUUUUAAUAAAGCCUACAAGUUAUUAAACUGUAGCAUCAUAAAUUCUAUAAUAAAGUAUCAUCUUGGCAUGAGCCAAAGGUGAAAAUGUCUGCUUUCUCUAACAGAGAAAUUCUUCUUAGUUACUCCAGUUAUAGAAAAAACUCUUUACAACCUGAACUAAGAUUGGAGAAUUGUGAGCCUACCUUAACCUGUUUGGAUGAAUCAUUUGACAUCAAGCUAAGUCAGACUAUAAGGUUUAUAAUGGAUUUAUAAAGUAUGGGGGUAUAGAAAUCAUGAGCCUAAGCAUUUAUUUUCAGAGAUUCAAGCAGAGUCUUUAUGGUAGAACAGAAAUGACAAGUUAAUUCAAAACCUAGCAGGCACAUUAUAAAUGUGUGCCCAGUUAUGUUUUGGAAAUGGCAGUCUCUUGGGGUCAUGUUUCUACUGGCAAAAUUUGUGAUAGUAUUAGUUCUGUUUUAUGUAAUUUUAAAAUUUAUAAAAUUCAGCCACAUCAGCUACUUAAAUAGUACUGCCAAUUAAUAUAAUUCUAGAAUUGUGAAAAAUUGUACCAUUGAAGCGCAGUGGUAUAUGUGGCUUAAAAAUUUAGCAGGACCACAAAAAAAAGAAGUGUUCAAUACUAAUGUUUGUGGCCAGGACAGGGACAAAUACUCAUGCCUGUGUUCUGUUCCUUGCUUUCCCAAAUACUGCAUGUGACUUUCUGAAAUGGCAACUAAAGGACAUGAGCCUGUGUUGUCUCUUUUGGUUAUACAACAUGAAAGUGUAUCGUGAUCCUUGGUGGAAAAGAACUCAACAUUUCUUUGCAUCCAUGGACUUGGUUUGGAGACAUAAGGAAUAUUCUGACCCUUUUUAAAAAAGGAUUUUCUCAUGUUUUUAUUUAACAUAAAUAAAAGAAUAACAUUUUA